AUGCGCACCUGCCCGCACACACGGCAAUUCGGCUGUGCUUUCGUGCCGCUUUACGUUGACUUGCGCGUACAGCGUUCCACUGCUUACGCAGAGCUGCAGCGUCGUUCCGCCUUACAGAUGUCCGAGACCCACAGGAAGACUGUUCACGGCCGCUUAUGGGUUGGUCUCAAGCUGACAGACAAUAGAUACGAAGACCGCUUCGAUCACGGCCGCGUGGGCACACUGCUUUUCGCUGCUGCGCCUCCUGCUGACUUCGUCUCUUUCGCAAGAGCCACACUGGACUUCUUACGACACAGAAAGUCGCAGCGCAGGAAUAUCAUCCCUCCUGCACAUUUACCGGACUGGUGGCAGCGUAGAACGACUCAUAAGUAUACUUCGUCGGGUCGGUGUAGUACGGGUGGGGUCCGGCUACGAGUACUGGAAUUGCUGCCGCUGCUGCUGAAGGGGGUGUCGCCGGACUGA